AUGGCGCAGUUUCGCGCAAAGAAACUUGACCUCGGAUGCUUCAUCAACUCCAAAAUCAUCCGCGACCACACAAAGCGCAAGACCUUUGAGCAAUUUGAACCCCAGAGGCAAGCACUCCGCUACCUCGUCCGGAACACAUCCCUUCCAGACUGGGUGCGCACAAAGGCGCAAUUCGAGCUGAGAAACAUGCACUGCUACACCCGGCCGACGCAGAUAAAGAACAGGUGUAUAAUGGGUGGUGUGGCUAGGAGUGUGCUGAGGAAGUUCAGGAUGGGCAGGGUAAGUUCCCGAAAUGUCUCUCGAGGCGAAGCAAAGAGGGGAAGAACCGGCUUUCUGGCUUAUAAGAUGAAAGCGUGGCUUGGAGAGGACAUGGAAGAAUAUGCUAACUAUCCCGUGCUCCUGCAGUUUCAAUUCCGGAUGAAUGCGCUAGAAGGAACCAUACCGGGCGUCAAGAAAGCCAGCUGGUGA